GGUCUCAUGACUCAUUUAGCUUCUACAUCGAUGAAGCCUCUCCAGUUGGGCCUGAACAGCCAGAGACGGUCCAGAACUUUGUGUCUGUUUUUGGGACUGUGGCGAAAAAGCUGAUGAGGAAGUGGUUGGCUACACAGACCAUGAACUUCACCAGCCAGCUGGGGGCAGGUAUACGAUAUUUUGAUCUUAGAAUUUCCACCAAGCCCAGAGAUCCAGACAAUGAACUCUACUUUGCCCAUGGUUUAUUCAGUGCCAAAGUCAAGGAGGGUCUGGAAGAGAUCAAUGCAUUUCUUGCUGACCACCCAAAAGAAGUGGUCUUCUUGGACUUCAAUCACUUCUAUGGGAUGCAGAAAUACCAUCAUGAAAAGCUUGUCCAAAUGCUCAAAGACACAUACGGAAACAAAAUGUGUCCUGCUAUAUUUGCCCAUGAAGUCAGCCUCCAGUACCUGUGGGAAAAGGAACACCAAGUGCUGGUGUUCUACCACAGUCCAGUGGCUCUUGAGGUACCAUUUCUUUGGCCAGGCCAGAUGAUGCCAGCUCCCUGGGCAAACACAACAGAUCCGGAAAAACUGAUUCAAUUCCUCCAGGCAUCAAUCACUGAAAGGAGAAAGAAAGGCUCCUUUUUUAUAUCUCAAGUAGUGCUGACACCAAAGGCUAGCACGGUGGUGAAAGGGGUUGCCAGUGGUCUCAGAGAAACGAUCACAGAAAGGGCUCUUCCUGCAAUGAUGCAGUGGGUCCGAACGCAGAAACCAGGAGAAAGUGGUGUGAAUAUUAUCACUGCAGAUUUUGUAGAACUUGGUGACUUUAUCAGCACAGUCAUAAAGCUCAACUAUGCCCUGGAUGAAGGUGAAGAUGACACUACUUGAUAGCACUAUAAUAUGUGUGUUGUUGCAUUACUUAGA